AUCGACGCGACCACCCAAUGGUCUUCGACACCAACCGCAAUGAUUUACGACAAGAAUUAUCACGAUGCUCCCCCCAGUCGAAGAUGCCGUUUUGCGGAAUAACCCCCAGUUUGCCGCACUCUAUUCCACCUUGACCACAACAAUUCUCAACCCAGAUGGAUCAACAAAGAACGACCCUGCAGCCAAGGAACGGUCUGCGAUACGCGAGGAACUGAACGAGUACCGCCUCAGGGACGCAAAGCAAAGCCUUCUCAUCGACGCAAUAUGCACCGCAAACCCGUACUCCCUCCAAUCCAAACCAGCUCCGGCACCGUCCUUGACCCGACGCACCGCCAGACCGCACCAACCCGACGGCUCCAGCUCUCAACCCACCACUGAGCUCCCCGAACCGCUUCUCGACCUCCUACUCCUCCUCCCAACCCUCCUUAAAACCCCCUCCACCCUCCCCCAAGAUCUUGAAUCCAUCACCCUCCUCCUCUCGCAACCCCCCCUCUCCCUCUUCCCCUCCCUCCUCCCCCAACUCUCCAACCUACUCUCCACCACCCUCCACACCUCCGCCGUCCACCUCGCGCGCAUCGCCAACCCAUCCACAAACCCCUCCUACAUCCACCGCUCCAUCCCCCACCUCCCCUCCCACUACCAGACUCUAGUCCAAACAAUCUCCGAACGGAAAGCCCUGCUCUCCCGCACCCGUCUGGCCGCUGCUGAGCCGGGUCUAACAACCCUCCUGCACGAGCAGACGGCUGGUGUGCUAGGGCAGCUGCUAAGGAGUUUGGAAGCGAAACAUGGUGUUGUAGCGAGGUGGCUUGAGUUUCGCGCGGUUGAGGCGAGGCUUAUUGCACAGAGGCAGCAGGCGGAGGUGGAGGGGGUGUUGGCGCAGGCGGAAAGGGAUGUGUAUACGCCUGAGGUGGGAAGGGCGUUGGGGAAUUAUAUGGUGCAUUUGAGGGAUGCGAGGGGGAGGUUGGUGGAGGCGGUGAGGGGGUUGAAAGGGGAGUUGGAGGCUUAUGGGGUCAAGGUUGACAGUCAUGGGGUGGGAAAGGAGAAGGUUAUGCGGGAGAUGGCGAGGGUGUAUAGGGAUAUGGGCAGGCAGGUGAAGGAGGUGAGAGGGGAUUUGGAGAGGUUGGGCGGGGCGUGA